AUGGAUCCGCUAACUACCGAGCCUCUUGGGGACUCAGAGGAGGAGCAUGUAGAAGACUUUGACUGCUCAGCUGAUGUAGCCGGAGGGACUUCUUCAGAGCAUAAUUCACCGAAAUCUUCGACCCAGGAGUGCUCUCCGUACGCAUCCACAGUCGAAAUAGCAGAUAAUGUUUACAGGAGGGAGGAGCACUACUUAGGUGAUAAUGGUGACAUAUCUGUCCUUAGCAUCGCAAAACCCAUCCGUUUUCCUGGUCGUGCUGCCGGAUUUCGGUUGUCUGAUGGUCAUAAGAAGUCAGUUCAGAUGCAGUUUGAGGGCAGGCGGUUUAAAUCAGCCGCUAAGUCCUAUUUGAAAAAGGAAAAACAGCCGGACGUGACAGCAGAACUGACGCGUUGCAAAGAUGAGGACUCCAGUUAUCUGGAGUUUUCCGAUUUCGGGUUGCAGUGCUUACCCACAGGUAUAUUCAAGGACCUUCCUCAUGUGGAGACCCUCUUUCUGAAUGGCAACAAACUUACUGGUCUACCAGCAGGUCAACUCACGGGGCUGCCAAAUCUACGUCGAUUGUUGCUCCAGCAGAAUGUUAUCGUUUGCGCUGGGCUACCACCUGAUCUAGCCAAGCUAACCUCUCUGGAGGUGUUGGACCUUCGGCAUAACCGUCUCGAAGGCGACUUGCCUUCCUGUAUAUACGGCCUUCGUGGACUGAAGCAGCUUAUCCUCAGCUACAAUAAGGUCGGAACCCUUUGCGACGAAAUUAAAAAUCUCCAGCGUCUCACAAUCCUCAUUGUCAACCGGAACUCUAUUCGACAAAGCGUCCCCAACACGAUCGGUCAACUGGCCUUCCUGACUAAACUCGAUCUCUCGUACAAUCACAUCCAAACUCUGCCUGCAAGCCUCGGCCAGUGCACACAGCUGACAGACCUCUAUCUUCACUACAAUCAGCUGACCCACCUCCCCGAAUCCAUUGGCAACCUCACCAGUCUAAAUAGGCUAAUGCUCAAGUAUAACCGCCUAGUGGAAAUUCCGGAGUCCUUAGCAAAGUGUACGCGUCUGGACGAGUUCAAUGUCGAAAACAACCAACUCUCCACCCUUCCGGCACACCUGCUGGCCAACAUGUCGUCGGUUCGAAAUGUGACUUUUUCGCGAAAUUUUUUCAGCGCCUUUCCUCCCGGUAACCGCGAGCAGUACACUCACGUUAUGUCCUUGAACAUGGACCACAACAGAAUUACUGAGGUGCCUCCAGACGUGCUCUCACAUCUCGGUCAGGUGACGAAGCUUAAUCUUCGUGACAACGAGAUUGCAGAUCUUCACGCUGGGGAUUUGCAUCACUGGGACAACCUCGUUGAACUAGAUCUCGGUUCUAACCAUCUCUUCAGUCUACCCGACGAGUUGGGGGCUCUGAAAUCACUGGAGAUGUUCCGAUUAAGCUACAAUCAACUCAAGCGUCUUCCAAACACUCUGGGCAAGUUGCAGCGACUGCGAGUGUUGGAUCUUGAGUCGAACCAGCUGGAAUCUCUCCCGUCCACCCUCGGAGAGCUCGUGAAUCUGCAAGACCUUAACGUUGUUUGUAAUCACCUCACAACCUUCCCGACUUCCAUCGGUAAUCUCCGUGAUUUAAAAAUCUUCAAGGCUGGAGAAAAUGACAUAACUGAGUUGCCUCCAGAAAUAGGAAAUAUGUCCAGUCUCCGCGACUUUUAUCUGAACGAUAACCACAAUCUGAACAACAUUCCUGCCGAAUUGUCUCAGUGUCCACUGCUGACCAUCCUCAGCGUUGAGAAUUGUCCUCUUCGAGAUCUGCCCCAGCCCAUUGUCACUGGAGGUUCUGCUAUGAUCAUUUACGUGCUUUUUGCAACAAGUUUUGCAGUUGCGACGCCAACAUACGGCCCUCUAAUGCCAACCAUCGCCAUUGGCAUCACCCUCGCACUUUUCGGUUCAUUUCCUGCGUUUGUCAAUCCACCUCCUCCUCCAAAUCAACCGGUCAUCGUCCGCCCUGCGUCCAAUCGUCCAAUUUAUCGGUGA